AUGACCAUUGGCAAAGAACCAUGUGGCAUAUGCGAAGAAUCCGCAAGCACCCCCUCUCCUUCAGACAUACAAACCUACAAGGGAUUUUUGGCCAGUGUUGCUAAGGCAAUGAAGGGCCGUCUAUCAAAAUUAGGUAAGCCUGUUCUAGGUAGUGUGGACUGGCUUCGAAGAGCCAAUGAACUGCUGCAGAUAUUCAAGCGCAUGGAGGAGGCUGAGAUGGAGAGACACUACCUGUGGCCAUAUAAUAUUACUGCUGAUCUAGGAGCACAAAUGGACGGUCCAAAGCUUCGCUUUGGUUUUUAUCAACCCCGCUUGGGUGACUUAAAACAUGCGGCGUUGUAUCUUGAUGCCAAUGACCAGGAUGUAGUCUGGGAGAUUAUUGGACUGCAUCCGGUCUUUCAGCACAACAUUGCAUAUUUGAGACUAAAAUGUCCCAAGGAUUUUGUUGACAAAGUCUUCAUUGCUGCGAUUAGCAAAAACAACAUUCUGGUAACCACUACACACCAUAGAAUUAUGGUGAAAUACACUCCAGUCGUAGAUCAACAUGUGCAAAGACACAUCCGAUUUCUAGCAGCUGGGGACUGGUCGAUAGUAACCUCCGUGAAAAUAGGGACACGCAAAGAAAUGGAACAGAAAAUUCUCGAAAUUUUUGAUGGUCAGAAUGGAUUCAGUGCCAUGGCAGAUAUGUCUCCUAGCAUAUUUGCUCUCUACAUCCUUCACCACAAACGCCUCCAAGCGGUGUUCCCACGAGUCAGCGAUUUCCCCUCCCCCGCCAAGACCUCCGUCAUUGCCCUUUCUGUCUCCAAGGCGGCCGUCGAUCGGACUGGGAAGCUGGGUAAACGUAAGGCUUCCGCAGAUGAAGAAGAUUCAGAACAGCAGCAAUACACUCUCAUGCAACACCCUGGGAAGAAAGGUGGUUUUGAAGAACGGCACAAUGCAAAGCAGCCCGCAAGAGAUCCUAUGAAGCGGAUGUCGUCUUCAAAUGUCCUCAUUGUCGGGCUUAAAGGUUUAGGUGCUGAGAUCGCGAAAAAUGUCGCCCUUGCCGGCGUCAAGUCCCUCUCUCUCUACGACCCUACUCCCGCCACCAUCUCAGAUCUUUCCUCUCAAUUUUUCCUUAGCCCAGAAGAUAUUGGCACGUCCCGCGCCGAAGCUACCGCCCCUCGCGUCGCGGAAUUGAAUGCUUACACACCUGUCACCAUUCACAGCUCGCAAAGUUUGACGGAUGAUUUACCCCAGCUCAACAAGUACCAGGUUGUUGUUCUAACCGCCACACCGCUGCGAGACCAGCUGGUUAUUGCUGAGUAUUGCCACAAGAAUAAAAUCUUUGUCAUUAUCGCAGAUACGUUCGGUUUGUUUGGAUAUAUCUUCACCGACUUUGGCGAGAAUUUCACCGUAGUAGACGCCACCGGAGAGGAGCCCACAAGCGGUAUUGUUGCUGGAAUUGAUGAAGAAGGCCUGGUGUCCGCUUCAGACGAGGCUAGACAUGGGCUAGGGGAAGAUGACUACGUUGUUUUCACUGAGGUCAAGGGCAUGGAGAAACUGAAUAACUCGGAACCACGCAAAGUCGACAUUAAGGGCCCUUAUACCUUCUCCAUCGGAGAUGUGUCUGGACUGGGAACCUAUGAAAGUGGCGGUAUAUUCACCCAGGUCAAGAUGCCCAAGACGCUCAGCUUUAAGUCCUUUAAGCAACAACUCGGAAAUCCUGAGAUUCUCAUCACCGAUUUCAUGAAGAUGGACCGACCGGCCAAGGUCCAUCUUGGUAUCCAAGCUCUCCACAAGUUUGCCGAGAUUCACGGUGGCAAGUUCCCCCGACCUCACAACGAGAGUGAUGCCCAGGAGGUCAUUGAGCUCGCAUCUAGAAUUGGAGGCGAGGUUGAUAAGGAUAUCCUUCGAGAGCUCAGCUAUCAGGCGCAGGGGGAUCUGAGUCCAAUGGCAGCUUUCUUUGGUGGUCUUGCUGCACAGGAAGUUCUAAAAGCCGUCUCAGGAAAGUUCCAUCCCGUAGUUCAAUGGUACUACUUCGACUCUCUUGAAUCUCUUCCUUCAUCGGUCACACGAUCUGAGGAAGAAUGUGCUCCCCUUGGAACCCGAUACGAUGGUCAGAUUGCGGUGUUUGGAAAGUCCUUCCAGAAGAAAAUUUCCGAAGUCAAGGAGUUCCUUGUCGGCUCUGGCGCGAUUGGUUGUGAGAUGUUGAAGAACUGGGCAAUGAUUGGCCUUGCUACCGGUGAGAACGGUAAGAUCACGGUCACGGAUAUGGAUCAAAUCGAAACCAGCAAUCUGAACCGACAGUUCCUAUUCCGCCCUAAGGAUGUCGGCCAACUGAAGAGUGACACGGCAGCAAAAGCUGUACAAGCGAUGAACCCGGACCUCCAAGGCAAAAUUGUCUCACUGCGAGAGCGCCCACUGCUUGAGAGCGGAACGCUGGGCACCAAGGGAAAUACCCAAGUUAUCCUACCCUGGCUCACGGAGUCAUAUUCCAGCUCCCAAGAUCCGCCUGAACAAUCCUUCCCGAUGUGCACGCUGAGGAGUUUCCCGAACCGAAUAGAGCAUACAAUUGCAUGGGCACGCGAGCUUUUCCAGACAAGCUUCGUCGGACCGCCCGAAUCUGUAAAUCUAUAUCUUACUCAGCCAGAUUACACCAAAACAACCCUAAAACAUGGAACUCCGUUCUGGUCAGGCCCUAAGCGUGCACCUACCCCAUUAAAAUUCGACCCCACGAAUCCUACGCACUUCUCUUUUAUCGUCGCCGCUGCAAACCUCCAUGCUUACAACUACGGAAUCAAGAACCCUGGGGCGGACAAGGGUCAUUACCGAAAAGUUCUAGAUGACAUGAUCGUCCCCGAAUUUACACCCAGCUCCGGUGUCAAGAUCCAAGCUAAUGACAACGAACCCGAUCCGAAUGCGAAGCCGGGUUUCACUGAUGAGGAGGAACUCAAGCGUCUCAUUGCUGCACUCCCAUCACCCAAAUCUCUAGCCGGAUUCCAAUUAGAACCCGUUGUAUUUGAGAAGGACGAUGAUACCAACUAUCACAUCGACUUCAUCACAGCUGCCAGCAACCUACGCGCCGCGAACUAUGACAUCCAGCAAGCAGACCGACACAAAACUAAGUUUAUCGCCGGCAAGAUCAUCCCUGCCAUCGCAACGACAACAGCGCUGGUUACUGGCCUAGUGAUCCUCGAGCUCUACAAGAUCAUCGACGGCAAGCCACACCUCGAACAGUACAAGAACAGCUUCGUCAACCUCGCACUGCCAUUUUUCAGUUUCAUCGACCCUAUCGCCAGUCCAAUGGACAAAUACCAUCACAAGGGCCGCGAGAUCUGGUUCCACAAGCUCUGGGACCGUUUCGAAGCAGACGAUAUGGUGCUCCAGGACUUCCUGAAGAGCUGCGAGGAGCAGAAUGGAUUGGAUAUCAGCAUGAUUAGUUCUGGGGUUAGCUUGUUAUACCCUGUAUUUAACAAGGGCCCGGAUGUGAUGAGGAAGCGGUUGCAGAUGAAGUUGAGCGAGCUCGUCCAGUCUGUCAGCGACAAGGCGAUCCCCGAUCAUCAGAAAUACGUCAUCUUCGAGUUUCUGGCACGCGACGAUACAGAUGAAGAUGUUGAUGUGCCGUACGUGAGCGUGAAGGUGGAUAAGCCAGCGAAGAAGGACGCUAAGGUGAUGGUUUAA